CUCUAGACGCGGUCCAGGGCCGCUUGAGCAGCAUGAUGACUGAUGAUGAGAGCGACAGCGGCCUCACGGACUCCCAGGGGAGCGAGGAGAACGACCUGCCUGUUAUCCAGCUGUGCGGGCUGGUGGAUGAACUCAGCUAUGGGAAUUCAGCUCUCAGAACGGAGACAGAGAUGUUUGAGAAAUAUUACUCUAAACUGGAGCCUGGGGAUCACCGGCCUCCCCGGUUAUCAGACAUCAAAAUUUCUGCAGCCGAUCUUGCACAGUUUCGAAGCAGACGGAAAUCCAAGGCCCGCAUGGACCGCUUGGCAGGCCUGGCUGUAGACCAAAAACUUGAGCUUGUACAAAGGGAGCUGGAAGACACAAAGGAUGAAAUAAGGCAUAUGAGAGCCAAUGCUGAACGGGACCUGCAGGAUCAGGAGGCCAUCAUCGAAGAAGCUGAAAUUCGAUGGACUGAAGUUCAGAGAGCAGUGCAUGACUUUGAAAAAGAUAUUCUAAAAACCAUAUCCAAGAAGAAAGGCAGUAUUUUGGCCACUCAAAAAGUAAUGAAGUACAUAGAGGAAAUGAACCGCCGGAGGGAUAAUAUGAAGGAUAAAUUAUGUUUGAAAAAUGUUUCUCUCAAAGUUCAGAGGAAAAAAAUGCUUUUACAAUUGCGACAGAAGGAAGAGGUGGGCGAGGCCCUCCACGAUGUUGAUUUUCAGCAGUUGAAGAUUGAAAAUGCUCAGUAUGUAGAGACAAUUGAAGCGAGGAAUCAAGAGCUGAUCCAGCUGAAGCUGGCCGCUGGAAGCACUCUGCAGACCCUUAAUGCAUACAAAAGCAAGCUUUACCGGGCAAUGGAACUGAACAUCAACCUGGACAAGGAGAUCAUAACGAGAACUGAACUACUUGAAAAAAUUGAAAAAGAAACCCUACAGGCCGAGGACGACCGGUCCAGUGCUGAGUCUCAGAACAAGCAGUUGAGGAAGCAGCUAGCUGAGUUCCGGGCGCCACCAGUGAUGAUGUACGUCAAGGAAAAGAUCCUAAUUGGGGACCUAGAGAAGACCAUCAAGAUGUGGGAGAGGAAAGUGGAGAUUGCAGAGAUAUCCUUAAAAGGCUAUCGCAAGGCUUGGAAUAAAAUGAAAACCAGCAAUGAGCAGAUGCAGGCGACAGGCCCUCCUGCGAAAUAA